AUGCAGGCUUUAGUUGCCAUAUCCCAGAUAACCAAAAAGGUCUUUAGUGGAAGUCCAGAUUUCUUCCCGAUUAAGCCCAUGGACUAUGGACGCUUUCUAGUGAUCUUAGUAGGCACUGGCUCUGCAAAGGUGGAACAGAAAUACAGUGCGAAAAUGGCAGCCAAAUGGGGUGUUUUUAGUUGGUUACUUCACGGCAGCUCCAGUCCGUUGGUGGAUGUUUUCACUCAAGCAAGUGCUGAUAUGGUUGAUUUCCAUAUUUCUGUGGUUUUUCGAGCUCUUCAUUCCGAAGAAAACUACCUUCGAAUUCAAGAGGACUCCUUAAUUGGGACAGACUCCUCCGUUGAUGUUGCUACAGAGGAGAACUUGAACAGACUUGUGGAGAUUGGAGAGACGUUGUUGAAGAAACCAAUUUCGAGGGUAAACUUGAAAAUUGGUCUUUCUGAACCAGUCAAAAAUGGUGGCACAAAUAAAGAUGCUCUGAAAAGGUAUGGAGACAACCAAUCAAUUUUUUUGUCAUUCGAUUUGGUUUGGAUACCAAAAAAUGGAGAGAAAGUGGACGAUGGAUGGUUUGCGAAAUUGCUCUCAGAUGAAAGGAAGCUUAGACAACUAAAAUCACCAUGCUCAUACCAGGCUUAA